AUGUCCGCAGACCAGUAUGGACGGUCAGCGGUACCGAUUCGAAACUCUGUUUUCAAUCCCGCUACUCCAUCUCGCCCUCGUCCCACACCUUCAGUCUCCUUCAACAAAUCUCAAACUUCAAAUCGUUCGAUAGACGACAACAAUGUCAAUAAUAAUGUCCAGUCCGGCUUUAGUCUUCGCCGUCAGAAAUCUCUCAUCCGCCCUGAUCGUGAACGCAUAGACCCAAACCAUCCUUACUAUCACUAUUAUGCACAUGCAAGCGAACUUGCAGAAGAUAGAAUAGCAAAUAGCCAGACAGGGAAUACUCCACGGAGAGGAAAGAGCAUGUCCGAGAGGGAAAGGCCAAAGAGUAUAAAAAAAAAGAAAAAGGAUGUCGCGCCACCCAGGAAAAAGAAAAAACCACAACGGUUACCGUCUUGCUGGAUAGUAUUUUGUUAUAUUGUUACCUUUUAUGCACCGGGUUUUCUACUUAGUACUUGCGGUCGAAUGAAAUUACCCGAAGUCCAACGCGCCUGGAGAGAAAAAAUGGGUCUUAUAACAAUAAUUCUAUCGAUCUGCGGCGCAGUUGGUUUUAUAACUUUUGGCUUUACCGAAACAGUCUGUCGCUCACCCCCCGCUCGUAUCCAGGGUGGGGAGGCAACCUCAGGAAGCGUCAUAGUUAAUGGAUUUGCCAUUAAUUUCGACGAAAUAGGUUUCCAGCAUCCUGGUUUUGAUGGGUACCCACCUUCGAAUCCUGCCUAUCCUCCCAUAAAUGCUGGUGGAAAAGACGCGUCUUUUCUGUUUCAGAAAACAAACUAUAACUGUAGAGGACUGAUCACUCCUGCACCCGGAGGGAAUUACUAUCAGCAGGAUGGUUUGCUCGGAUGGUACUUCCCUUGUGUCGUUAUCGGACAGAAUUCUGUACCGAGUCAAGUAGAAAGGAACUAUACCAUCCCCUCAUGUCACGCCAACCUAGAUGUUAGGGCUCAACUUGCUGGCAUGAUAAAGAAUUCAGCUGCAGAAAUAUUCUAUACAUGGGAUGAUGUAGCUGAUCCGAACACGAAUUUGGCUGUUUAUAACGGUAUUAUCUUGGACUUUAACAAAUUAAAAUGGCUCGACCUAUCCCAAGUCCACGUUCCGGAAACCUUUCAAGCGCUCAUGAAACCAGACAACGAGUAUCGCGGCCAAGAUGCAUCCCUUAUCUUUGCCAGCAAGGGAGAAAAACAUGUUGCCGACUGUCUAGUCGAUAUUAUCCGUGUUGGAGCAAUCGACUCCAAAACAAUGGGCUGUAUUGCGUCCGAUUUAAUUCUCGUGGUUUCUUUAAUCUUCAUCGUUGGCGUAGUAUUGAUCAAAUUCAUCCUCGCCGUAAUUUUCGGAUGGUGUAUUUCGUGGCGAUUGGGUUCGUUCAAACCAGAGAGUUACGAAGAACGGAUGAAAAGAGCGGCCGAGAUCGAAAAGUGGUCAGAGAACAUUCUCAAACCUGCUCCGCAAUUGAAGAAGCAGAGAAACAGUUUUUUGCCAGCAACUUCGAGAUUUUCCACUGCUAAUCUUGGACUUAGAUCCGGUAAUGGGCAAGCAGUUAAUCAGUACGGCUCGUACACAACUCGUAGAUCACAAUAUCUGAGACCGUCGUCGUCUACGACUUCAUUAACGCAGGGAACUCAUCCCUCUACUGCAAAGAGUUCUCCAACGAAUUCUCCCCGACUCUUACCAAUUCCAGGUCCUGGUAAUUCUAGUGUUCCCAGUAGUCCCCGCUUGUCUCCUUCGCGUUCUCUUUCAGAUGUAAAUACGAUAGCGUUGCCAGAAUUGGCGUCAGUCAGUAAACAUGGAAGUACAACGUCACUAGCUCUACCGAAAGGAUAUGAAGCAAUUUCAACCGACAGUAUCGAUUUACAUUCAAACACCAAUACGGUUCUACCAGAUGCUGGUUAUCAACCGUUCAACUUUGAGCUGGCUCAGACCAUUUGUCUAGUAACUGCAUAUUCUGAAUCGGUCGAAGGACUCCGCACCACUCUCGAUUCCAUUGCUACCACAGACUAUCCCAAUUCCCAUAAACUUAUACUUGUCAUUGCUGAUGGUAUAAUACGAGGUUCUGGUAACGAAUUAUCCACACCGGAAGUUUGUCUGUCGAUGAUGAAAGAUUUCACAAUCUCCAAGAAGAAGGUCGAAGCACAUUCGUAUUUGGCUAUUGCUGAUGGAUCCAAGAGACAUAACAUGGCCAAAGUAUAUUCUGGAUUUUAUAAAUAUGACAAGACGACAGUGGAUCCUUCCAAGCAUCAACCAGUGCCAAUGGUGACCAUUGUCAAAUGUGGUCCGCCCGAGGAAGCCAGCGCACCAAAACCAGGAAAUCGAGGAAAGAGAGAUUCACAGCUCAUUUUAAUGUCAUUCUUGCAAAAAGUUAUGUUUGACGAGCGUAUGACCCCAUUGGAGUAUGAACUUUUUAAUGCUAUUUGGAAAGUGACGGGGGCCACUCCCGAUAAAUAUGAACUUGUGCUUAUGGUUGACGCGGAUACAAAGGUUUAUCCUGAUUCUUUGACGCGAAUGAUUUCUUGCAUGGCUCAUGAUCAUGAAAUUAUGGGAUUAUGUGGUGAGACCAAGAUUGCUAACAAGACUGAUAGUUUUUGGACAAUGAUUCAAGUUUUCGAAUACUACAUUUCUCAUCAUUCAAGCAAAGCCUUCGAAUCCGUUUUUGGUGGUGUGACCUGUCUUCCUGGUUGUUUCUGUAUGUAUCGCAUAAAAACGCCAAAAGGCCCUGAGGGCUAUUGGGUUCCCAUCCUCGCCAAUCCCGACAUUGUCGAGCGCUAUUCCGAAAACAUUGUUGAUACACUACACAAAAAGAAUCUUCUCCUUCUCGGCGAAGAUCGUUACCUUACUACACUCAUGUUACGAACUUUCCCAAAGCGUAAAAUGAUAUUUGUGCCACAGGCUGUAUGUAAGACAGUUGUACCUGACACGUUCUCAGUGCUGCUAUCACAAAGGAGAAGAUGGAUUAAUUCGACAGUACAUAAUUUGAUGGAGCUGGUCUUGGUCAGAGAUUUAUGUGGAACAUUCUGUUUCUCUAUGCAAUUCGUAAUAUUUAUGGAAUUAAUUGGAACUGUUGUGUUACCGGCUGCUAUUUCGUUCACCAUAUAUUUAAUAGUGAUCUCAUUCAUCAUCCGACCAAUACCGUUUAUCCCUCUCUUACUGCUUGCAACCAUUCUUGGUCUGCCAGCAGUUCUUAUCUUGAUGACAUCACGGAAAAUAGUUUAUGUUGGGUGGAUGUUGAUUUAUCUUUUAGCAUUACCAAUAUGGAACUUUGUUCUCCCAGUAUAUGCUUAUUGGCACUUUGAUGACUUUUCAUGGGGCCAGACUCGUCAAGUAGCUGGAGAAAAGGGAGGUGGUGAUGAUCACGGAAAGAAAGAAGGAGAAUUUGAUAGUUCAAAGUUGGUUAUGAAGAGGUGGGCAGAUUUUGAACGAGAUCAGCGAUGUCGAGAAGCAAUAGCCAAAGGACUUCCACCACCAGUAUUUGUGGAUGAUAAUCCUAGUAAACUCAGAUAUAGUAUGGCCGAUUCGACGGAUAGUGAAAAUUCUUCACGGACAUUUGAAAGUUUAGCGCCAUUGACCAAGAAAGUCAGUAUGAGUCAGCGGUUUGCUUCGCCUCUGGGUGGCGAACUUUAUACAGAAUAUGGCCCUCCUCCGCUUCCAAAGGGCGACUUGAAAAGACAAGAGUCUGCAAAUUUCCAGCAAAUACAUCACAAGGACCAAUUAUGGAAACAGGUAGAAGUAGCCAGUGAAAAUGAUAUAGAACUCACAGACAUGUCUUCGACAUUAUCAAAUUCACCAACGGGCUCUCAAGAAGAUCAAGAUCCUGCAGACGUGCCAGAGCACACUUUGGAUCCAGCAAAUCCUGACUCGACUGUACAGCAAUCAUCGGAUGACAAGGUUGAAGAAAUCGACCCGUCCCAAGUCACUGAAUAUAGAACUCGCAAUCUGGCCACUCCAUCUACUUCCGAUACAACAUCUGUAUACGAAGAUUUCUAUAACAAGUCUCCAUCUUCUUACAAUAGACGCGAUGUCACUGGACGUGGAUCUCCGGAUUCAAUAGCGCUUGCUCGUGGCACAACUCGGCAACCUUCGCGAGAGUCACUCCGUCAGCAGCCGAUGGUGCAUAAUCAGAUGUCGAUGCUUCCACCUCAAUCUCUGAAAGAAGAAGAGUCCGAGGAUGGACGACUACUUAUGUCACCAAAACGCUACUACAACAACUACAAACAAUUACGUAAUGAUAAUAGCAAUAACAGUUCCGAUCAGUCAUAA